CCAUCCAUCUAUCCAUCCAUCCAUCCGCCACACCAGUCAAUUUACCUUCUUGUCCGUCCAAUCUAUGUGGCUACUUUCCUACCAAGCAAAUCUGUCCAUUUGUCUGUGGGACCGUCUGUCCUACCUAUGUGUAGAACCAAGCAAACUACCUCUUAGCAUCCACCUACCUGCCAAGAUCCAAAGGUGUCCAAAACCAUCCAAACCUUUCUUUCUGUAUCUUGAUUAACCAUUGACCAAACUCCCGAAACGUACGACUACUGACCAACAUAUCCAUCUACUUAUUAGUCUGUAGAAAUGUCAGAGGGACAAGCUCCAUCUACCUACUUACCUACCUACCCACCUGUCCAACCAACGGGCCUAGCCGUUGUAGUGUCCCGAGCUACCCACCAGUUUGCUGUAUGCCAUCCACUGCACCCAAACCAACAAAGGGGUGUAAGCUUCCAGCAAUCCAGCAACCCUUCAAAACCCGUCCAUCCUCAAACAUGGCUGUCCUAUUUGUUGGAAAUCGAGCUCCGUGUGUGCCUGAGUGCCACAUUUGUGAGAGCCCUCUCAUUAACCUCCCCAGUCAGCCCUCAUCUAAUAGAUGCCACUUAGGCUGUCAUCGCCAUGCCAACCAGCUGUCAGAUCUGCAGCGCCGAGGCCAUUGUGCGCCCCACCGAAUUAAAGAGACAGGGAGUCGCAACUGUGUCGCGUUGACGCGUUGCUCUCCAACAAGUCGUCGCCUUUAAAAGGGGCCGCCAGAGUAAAUACUUGUGGGUCUUGCGAUUUAAGCGCUAGGGGAAAACAACCUCUUAACCGUGGAUUUGCACAGCCUGAAUACAUUGAGAUAAGGCCGCUAACCCGAGUCCAGGUCAAAUAAAGGCCUAUUUAGUUGGGUCCAGACAGACGGAAUCAGCUGGCAGCGGCCCACCAGUCGAAACCAGAGGAUUACAUCAGAAAGAAUAUGCAAGAUAGGCAGAUUUUUUUGUGUUGGGUAUAAUCUGAGCGCACCUGUCGUCUGUCAACUAUGUGGACAUGAAAGCUUAAAAAAUAUGCACACAUGAUGUCGGAUUAGAAAGUGGCAAACACACACAGUCAUCUGAUGUUUGUUGACAUGCAAUUUGGCUUGUCGUGACUUUGCGUCUAUGAAUGAAUUUCGUUUUAUUGUCCUCCACUCAUCUGGACACAAGCACAAUAAAUACUGCAGCGCUUAAUCCAGAACAGCAGAUAACUCGAGUAAUCUUCUUAGAAAUACAAAAUAGAGUCGAUUCGUUCCCUCUACCUGAACUCUUGACAUGAUGUCAAACCCCCGACACCCCUCGCCAAUAGAGCUGUGCAUUAUUCCUUACAGAUGUCUAGUCUAGAUUGAAUGCAAGAGAAGGGAAUGUUAAGAUAGUUCAUCUUGGCAGGGUUGCAGCAACAUCCAUGUCACUGACCUAUCUAUGUGUGUGUGUGUGUGUGUGUGUGUGUGUGUGUUCAAGGGAUUAGUCCAUAGGCCAGGCUGGUGGUCUUCCCGAGGCUAUUUUUAUGAAGAUGUUUACCCCUUGAUCCUUUGGGGAAAACGAUAUGAGCACGUAGUCUAAGAUUCAAAAGUAAUUUGCCAACUGUCAGUCGGCGUCAAUGCUACAAAAAGAGGAUUUGUGUUGUUUCAUUGUUGCGUUGUUUGCAUUCUUGAUAGGUCACCAUCGCUUCACUAGCUAGCACAAUAGCUCAAGAAUGUCCCCUGUUUUCCCCUCAUAUUCUGCAAAACGUUCCUUAUACUAAUAAUGUAAAAUAAUAAUAAUGAUGAAAAAAAUCUAAAAAUAUAAUGAUAAACAGGCAGAACGGCGGUCGAGUGGUUAGCGCACAGACCUCACAGCUAGGAGACCAGGGUUCAAUUCCACCCUCCCUGUGCAUGCGUGGGUUUUCUCCAGGUACUCCGGUUUCCUCCCACAUUCCAAAAACAUGCUAGGUUAAUUGGCCACUCCAAAUUGUCCAUAGGUAUGAAUGUGAGUGUGAAUGGUUGUUUGUCUAUAUGUGCCCUGUGAUUGGCUGGCCACCAGUCCAGGGUGUACCCCGCCUCUCGCCCGAAGACAGCUGGGAUAGGCUCCAGCACCCCCGCGACCCUCGUGAGGAAAAGCGUAAAAAAAUGAAUGAAUGAAUAAUGAUAAAAAAUAAUAAUGCAUGUGUUGACAUGUAUGAUCACUACAAACCACCAAUUUCCAUCAAACUUAUUUCACUAGUUAUUUAAUGACGCAAACUUGACAUAACCAGUGUCCAGGAAACAAGUUACCACACUAGUUAGUGAGCACGUGAAAACAACAAAACCAAUUUCCACAAAACAGCUCACUAGUUUGUACAAUUAUGAUACUUACUAAUUCUGUUUUUGCAAAGUUAUGUUUUUCACUGGACGAGUGGUUAGCGCGCAGGCCACACAGCUAGGAGACCCGGGUUCGAUUCACACGAUGUGUGGAGUUUGCAUGUGGGUUUUCUCCGGGUACUCUGGUUUCCUCCCACAUUCCAAAAAUAUUAGCUAGGUUAGCUAGGUUAGCUUGGUUAACUAGGUUAAUUGUCCAUAGGUAUGAAUGAUGGCUUUUCUGUGGUUCCACUAUGGUCUGUUAUUAGUCAAAGUAUAUGGAAACACAAGUCAUAUGUUGUGUUACCGAGUGGUUAGCAUGUAGGCCACACAGUCAGGAGAUUGGGAAGACCUUGCUUCGAAUCUCUGUGUGAGUUUUCUUCGGGUACCCCAAAAACAUGCUAGGUUAAUUGGCGACUCCAAAUUGUCCAUAGGUAUGAAUGUGAGUGUGAAUGGUUGUUUGUCUAUAUGUGCCCUGUGAUUGGCUGGCGACCAGUCCAGGGUGUACGCCGCCUCUCGCCUGAAGUCAGCUAGGAUAGGCUCCAGCAUGUCCAUGACCCUCGUGAGGUACAGAAAAUGGAUGGAAUUUACUUUAAUUUCCACCCAUACCCUAAAAUCCUGAUUCAUAACGCUAAUGUUCAUUAGUCAGUCUUCAUUAAUUAUCUUAGAAUUGGGCCAGAUAGGACAUUUUUUGUGAUUCCACUGCACGAAGCAAAGUCCAUAACGGUAUGCUUGGAUGAGUUUGUGCUGGAAGAACAGGAUGAUGAUAAGGCCCAACAUCCUCCGAACUAACUAAAGCUCAAUAAUUCCCACUCCGAAGCGCUCCAGGAAGAUGGGAACUCCUCACUGUCCCAGUACUUUUGUCUAUAUCUAAAAUGUAUUUCUAAUUGUGUCCGGGCACGUCUGGGAUGGAGCGAUUAAAGCCGUUGAAAAGGCUUAGUGAUGUGUGCACUAUCAGCUCCCUUAAAAGGUGCAGAAUGAUGCAGUGGAGCAUGUCCGCCCCUCCCUGGAGAUUACAGCUAAUAAGAGCGCCAGUAUUUAUAGAAGAAACCCCCCUUGCCCAGUGGAUACCCCCUAAUCCACGCCUCACCCGUUUCCAUCCCCCCCCUACCACCUCCCAUUCUUUGCCUGGAUCCGGAGCGUCUCCUGGCUCAUCCUCAUUCCUGCUGCAUAUCAACAUCGUAGUGGUGGAGGUUUUUUUUUUCUUCCCCCCCUUUCUUGCUUUUUAGAGUAACUAUAGCUAAGAGACGCUAACAGCAAUGUCUACCAACGAGCGCUUCGACUGCCAUUAUUGCAAAGACUCCCUGCUGGGAAAGAAGUACAUUAUGAAAGAGGACACGCAGUACUGCACUAAGUGCUAUGAGAACCUUUUUGCUAACUGCUGCCAGAGCUGCUCCCUCCCCAUUGGCUGCAACUGUAAGGACCUGUCCUAUAAGGACCGCCAUUGGCACGAGGAGUGCUUCAAGUGCGCCAAGUGCAGCCGCUCCCUGGUGGAAAAGGCCUUUGCCGCCAAGGAUGACCUGAUGCUUUGCACCGAGUGCUACGCCAAUGACUACUCGUCCAAGUGCUCGACCUGCAAGAAAACCAUCAUGCCAGGUUCCCGCAAAAUGGAAUACAAGGGCAACAGCUGGCAUGAGACGUGCUUCCUGUGCAACCGCUGCCAGCAGCCCAUCGGAACUAAGUCCUUCAUCCCCAAAGAUGACGGCUUCUUCUGUGUGGCCUGCUUCGAGAAACAGUUUGCCUACCAGUGCUGCGCCUGUAAGAAGGCCAUCACCACCGGCGGAGUGACCUACCAGGAGAAGCCGUGGCACCGUGAGUGCUUCCUGUGUAUCGGCUGCAGAAAGCAACUGUCGGGGCAGCGCUUCACCUCCAGGGAAGACUACCCAUACUGCCUGGAGUGCUUCAGUGAUCUCUAUGCCAAGAAGUGCGUGGGCUGCACCAAGCCCAUCACCAGUCUGGCCGGAGCCAAGUACAUCUCCUUUGAGGAGCGCCAAUGGCACAGCGAGUGUUUCACCUGCGUGCAGUGCUCCGUCUCGCUGGUGGGACGAGGCUUCCUGACCCAGCGUGACAACAUCCUGUGCACCGACUGCGGCAGGGAGAAGUGACCUUUCACCGACUUUGAUACAAGAGCACUUAAAAGAAAAACACAGAUGCCAAAAACACCUAGAGAUAAAUAUAUUGACUUUGCAUGGCUAAUGCGUAAACUACGGUGUAAGUCCAAUGCUUAUUUGAAUGAAUCAGCUCUCUCAAACAGGAAGUCAAUCCUUUAGCUUGGUUGCUGCCAGCUGCUACCAAAAAACUGACUCUAUAGUCAUAAUAGUUUCAAUAAAGCAAAACGCAUAUCCAUCAUGCUAAUUUGUUUUCUUGUGGGUCUGUGUGGAGUUCACAUGCAUGCCCAUAUUCUAAAAACGUGCAUGUCAGGCAACUCAAAAUGAUCCAUUGUUGUUAAUGUGAGUGUGAAUGGUUGUUUGGCUAGAAGUGGGCUGUGAUUGGCUGGUGGCCAGUCCAGGGUGUACCUCAUCUCUUACCCAAAGUCAGCUGGAAUAGGCUCCAGCUCACACGUGACCCUAAAGAGGACAAGCACCUUUUGAUUAUCCAGGUCCAGGGUCACAGGGGCAGCAGUCUUAGUAGGGAAGUCCAGAGUUCCAGUUCCACUGAGAGGACAGAUGUUUCCAGGCCAGCUGUGAGACAUUAUCCCUCCAGUCGGUCCUAGGUCUUCCCCGGGACCUUCUACCAACUGGGCAUGCCCAUAACACCUCACCAGGGAAGCAUCUGGGC